GCGACGGCGCAGGCGUCUCCUCUCCAGCGACGUGCCUCCACCCCCUGUCGGCGCAGUGGCCCUUUCAGGCCUCUGAGGGGCGCGGGGACGGUGGAGCAUGAGGCUGUCUCUCGCUACCGCCGUGUCCCACGGCCGCGUCUACCGCCGCCUGGGCCUCGGACCCGAGUCCCGCAUCCACCUGCUACGGAACCUGCUCACCGGCCUGGUGCGCCACGAGCGCAUCGAGGCGUCAUGGGCGCGCGUAGACGAGAUGAGGGGCUACGCGGAGAAGCUUAUCGACUAUGGAAAGCUAGGAGACACCAACGAACGAGCCAUGCGCAUGGCUGACUUCUGGCUCACGGAAAAGGACUUGAUCCCAAAGCUGUUUAAAGUACUAGCCCCUCGGUUCCAGGGUCAGAAUGGGGACUACACAAGAAUGGUACAGAUCCCAAACCGGAAUGAACAGGAUCGAGCCAAGAUGGCAGUGAUUGAAUAUAAAGGGAACUGCCUCCCACCCCUGCCGCUGCCUCACAGAGACAGUAACCUUACACUUCUGAACCAGCUGCUACAGGGACUACGGCAGGACCUCCAUCACAGCCAGCAAGCAAGCCUCCAGAGCUCCCAUGAGGUUCAGACACCAAAGGCUUAACUGGAGCUGCAGAGCACUGUGAUCAUAGGCCUUUGCAGCUCUUGGAAUGAGAGAAGUGGAAUUUUAAAAUGGACAGUCUUAAUGGGGCCCAGACCUUUCUGUGGGGUCAAAUGGCCCUCUCUUUGCACAGUAGAUAAAAUCCUUUAUGUAAAAACAUGUAAACUGACUUUCUUUUCUUACCCUAGGAUUUCUGUAAAGUGAGAAGCAUCCAAAUGCUCAGUCUGCCUGGGAUAGUAAAUUCAUGGCUUAUGUUUCUUA